UCCAUCCCGGUCCCAAUUUGGACUACAGUACACAAUUUGAACGUGAAAUAUUAUUUUACAGCCGCUGGCUUUGCUUUGCAUGCAGUCUAGCCCGCCUACAACUCGAACGCGGCAUUGAUAUUGACACUAUAUCGUUUUAAAGCUGCUGAUUGCAGCCUUUCCAGGUAGGGAGAUGGUCCCAGGCUGCAGUCCUAGAGAGCCGCUGCUGCCAGUCAGUGUGCGCAGGACAGAGGUAGAGAGACCAAGGGUGUGACUCGGUGGAAGACAGCUCCGUCAGAAGGAAAGCCUUCAGAGAAGGAAGACACUCUGCACUGGCUCAGAGGCACUGCUUUAUCAUCACCCUUAACUGCUGUCACUGGGAAAAGCAUAAGAAACAAAAGGCCUGCGCCCCGAGGAGCUUGCUAAACCCGGCAUCGGUUUCAACACCCUCCCCGUGCGCGUCAUUCAUGACUCCUGGCGGGCGGCGGUGGGGCGGUCCGAUCCAUUCCUCCCUCCCUCGAGGGGGCGGGCUCGGCCAGUCAGCUGACUUCGCUGCAUCAGCAGAGGCGGGGGCGGGAACGUAUGCAGGGCUCAGCCGGCGGCGCAAGGGAGGAGUUGCGGCCGGGUCGACCUGAAACAACAAAGCCGCGCUCCAGAUCGCCGGGAAGAGGAGUCGGUCCGGUUUGUGAGCUAUGCGGCCCCGUGGCGAGUCAAUAUUACCUGGCUUGUAAAACUGGGAUUAUGGACCAGGCACUAUCAGUCUACUUCCUUCUAGGAUGGCUGGGAGGAGACUCUUUAAACCUGAUUGGAUCUUUCUUAGCUGACCAGCUACCACUACAGGUAUACACGGCCAUUUAUUAUGUACUGGCAGACUUGCUUAUGAUCUCUUUCUACCUCUACUACAAAAUCAAGAACCAGAACAGAAGCUUUUCUGCUUCAAUCAACACCAUUUUUGUGUUCCUUUUUGUGGGAACGGUGUCAGUGACCUCUUUUCUGGGAGGACCCACCUCUCGCCUCGGGGAUGGAACUUCGGCAUUCAAAGGGAGGACGCUGCUCUCUUCCGCAGAAGAUCAACCUUGGUCUGGAUGGGAGCCUUUCACCAAGAGGGAAAUUGUCGGUUUUGUUGUCGGAUCCAUUUCAUCGCUGCUCUACCUGCUCUCCCGGGUCCCCCAGAUCUACACAAACUUCAAGAGGAAAUCGACCAGCGGCAUCUCUUACUCCCUCUUUGCUCUGGUAAUGCUGGGAAACACACUGUAUGGAGUCAGUGUCUUGCUGAAAAACCCGGAUCCGGGCCAAGCGGAGGGCAGCUAUGUUAUCCACCACCUCCCUUGGCUGAUCGGCAGUCUGGGAGUCCUCUCUCUAGACAUCGUUAUUUCCUUUCAGUUCCUUGCCUAUCGUCAGAGGAGGCUACCACCGCUCGAGGAACGAGAUGCUCUUCUCGGUAAGGAAGAUGAACCUCUUGACAGCUGAUUGACACCAUCUUAAGGAAAUGGAGAUGCCGGCCUGACAGCAAAGGACUUUUCUCUUCAUCCAGACUUUGGAAAGAGAGCAAAGCAGCUUGGUCUUCUCUUUCUGCAGAAAAGAUCUUUCCUCCAAGGGACAGGCGUUUUUUGGAGUUGGGUCUCACUACCUCUAAAUAGGGAGCGAGGAUGAAUCAAUAAGAUCCAAACUGAGGAACUGAAACUAGUGUGCGUUUAUACUUUUAUAUGAUUUUUCUCAGCUGAAGGGGAAUGUAGCUCCUCUGUGAUCAAAAUGGGGGAAAUGUGAUUAAUUUAAAGGUUUGGAUAAAGGGAAAACACUACAUGUG